GGGAGGAGGAGGAAGAGGAGGAGGAGGAGGAGGAGGCGAGCAUCCUUCAUGAUUCUGCAUUAAAGCCGCACUCUAUAUCAACAAAUCCCGGGCCUUCACGGAUCCAGCCGCAGCUCGCGAACGCCACGCACUCAAUCAUGGAUAAUUCCGGGAAAGAGAAGGAAGCCAUGCAGCUGAUGGCAGAGGCGGACAAAAAAGUCAAAUCCUCGGGUUCAUUUCUCGGAGGGAUGUUCGGGGGAAAUCAUAAGGUCGAAGAUGCAUGCGAAAUGUACGCCAGAGCUGCCAACAUGUUCAAGAUGGCCAAAAACUGGAGCGCUGCAGGCAAUGCUUUCUGCCAAGCUGCGAGACUUCACAUGCAGAUGCAGAACAAACUGGACUCGGCCACCAGCUUCGUCGAUGCUGGAAAUGCUUAUAAGAAGGCAGAUCCUCAAGAGGCUAUCAACUGUUUAAACGCAGCCAUCGAUAUUUACACAGACAUGGGAAGGUUCACGAUCGCCGCGAAGCAUCACAUGACCAUCGCGGAGAUCUACGAGUCCGAGCUAGUGGACAUCGAAAAGGCCAUCGCUCACUACGAGCAGGCUGCAGACUAUUACAAGGGAGAGGAGUCCAACAGCUCUGCUAAUAAGUGUCUGCUGAAGGUGGGCUCGUACAGCGCUCAGCUCGAGCAGUAUCCCAAAGCCAUCGAGAUCUUCGAGCAGGUUGCAACCAGCACAAUGGACAACCCUCUGCUGAAAUACAACGCUAAGGAGUACUUCUGGAAAGCAGCUCUCUGCCACUUCAUAGUGGAUGAGUUAAACGCAAAGCUUGCCAUUGAAAAGUACGAAGGGAUGUUUCCUGCGUUCUCUGAUUCCAGAGAGUGUAAGCUGUUGAAAAAACUAUUGGAGGCUCAUGAGGAGCAGAACAGCGAGGCGUUCACCGAAGCUGUGAAGGAGUUUGAUUCGAUCUCCCGUCUGGACCAGUGGCAGACCACCAUGCUGCUGCGUAUCAAGAAGACCAUCCAGGGAGACGGCGGCGACCUCAAGUGAUCCGUCCGAGAAAAAUACUGUGGCGUCCUAUCUAGUUUAAUUUCUUACCGUAUCGUAUGUGUGUGACAAUCUGGUUGAACAUUUCUGUAGUGACACUAGCUCGAAUAUAAGCCGUUUCUUGGAAAGCCCGGAUGCGACUCGCAUUGCAUUUUCGGGAAAACCGAAGUAUGUAGAAUAUUAAUAAGGAUGAAGGCAUUUUUCUCUAUCCCUUUACUUCGCCGUGAGGAAAUCUUUCCCGUGUGUGGCAUGCGAGACCCCGUAGAGCUGUUCUCUUUCUAAUGUUCACCUCAGUGUUGUCGCUGGCAUUGUCGUGCAUGAUAAACGUUUAAAGUGUGUUCGUGUGCUGUAGAAUACCAGGAUUUUUGUGCGUGCACUUUAUUUCUGUUUAGAUCUCGGCCUUCGAAGCGCAUCCUCCUGUCGUCUUUGUCCAUAUGGCGGUGCGAGUUCUGCUUUAGUGGUUGCACAUGUUUCAUAAUCAGUAGAAAAGCGUGUCUUGUUCACUAACGGUGGCGAAGUGCUCAGCUCAAGCAGACGGCGUUGAUUUUCUAAAUGCGGGUCAAGUUGUUGAAUAUGUGUAUAUAUAAGUUUUGCAUUAUUUGUAAUUUUUUCUGUUUAAUCCGUUGCUGUUACACGUGGAUACGGGGCAUUUGUUGUUUUUUGGGCAUUCAGAUUUUAUUAAUUAUAAUUUUAGUUUAAGUGCUACUUGGUUUUUGAAGUUCUUUACACUGUUGUCGAUAAUUUCGUGGAGAUUAUAACAGCGUUAUACUUUAUGUAAGUAAUUAAAUUAUGUUAGCUGAACCAUCGGAUAUGUCGCGUGACUGACGGGGAAUCAAAAACGUAUGAUAGAUGGCAAGUCUUGUUGAUCAAUUUUAUUAAAUGUUUUACCUAAUUAUUCAAAGAAAAAUGAAUAAAUCAUCACCUAUACCACGUCUGAA